GGAUUUUUCUGUUUUGCCCUGGCCUUCUGCGGAUUGAUCCCAGCUGCCUGCUGGAGAUACACACACAGCACGGAGGUAGAAGACAGCAUGAUGGAUGUGUAUGAUCUUGUGUACGAGGAGGUGAGGAGGAAUGCCUCCAGCGUCAGGAGACACGAGCUGAUUGCCAUCCACGAAGCAUUCCUGUGCUGCGGGAAGCACUCUCCGUUUGGGGACACGGCCAACGUCGAGCGCAAGACGUGCCCGUCCGGCCAAGUGCGUGAUGCGGGACAGGACUGCCUGCAAGAGAUCCAGGGCUUCCUGAAGAAGCACAUGGACUUUGCCUCCACGCUCCUGGGCAUCACCAUCGGCUUCACGGUUUAUGGGAUGAUCCUGACUUCAUUCCUCUGGUUCUCCAUCCACUUCAGCAGCAACCUGGACCGGAAAGGCAAAUACAUCCUGCGAGAGAGGUAG